AAGUGGGCGGGGCCAGGGAGAGCGGCCGCCGCCGCAAUGACGCGAAAGGAUGUUGAUAAAUUCGGCGGCACGAGCGCGCAGUGAGACAGAUAUUAAUCUUUUGUGCCCCUCACACCCGAGCCUGUGUUGUGGCUAAGAUGUCGCAUAGAACAAGUGAGCGAGACUUGCAGUCCUCUGCUCGAAGAAUGGGAACAUCCCUCCUCUUUCAGCUGUCUGUGCAUGAGAGAGAGCUUGACUUGGUAUAUCUUGAUCACAGCUAUGCAAAGCCUUGGAGUGCACACCCUGAUGCCAGUAAUGCCCGACCCACCCGCACUCUUUUCAUCACACCACGGAGGCAACAGGAAAGUACAGUCGAGACAGAUGUCCCGAUUGAUGUUGAGACUGUCACUCCCAGCCCCAUGCCAUUGUACGAUAACCAAAAGGCGAGAAGCGUGAUGAACGAGUGUGAACGCCAUGUGAUAUUUGUGCGCACAGACACUGAAGCCCCGCCACCUCCUGAUGACUGGGAAGAGCAUGUGAACAGGACUUGUUGGAGUACGUCUCAGAAUAAGCUUUUUAAUAAGAUUCUGAAAGCUCUGCAAUCUGACCGCUUAGCUCGCCUUGCUAACGAUAAUGCAAUAAAUGAACCGGUACUGAGAAGGAUCGCGGUGGACAAGUGUGCACGUCGCGUACGCCAAGCUCUGGCCUCAGUGGGCUGGGAUACAAAGCUGGUGCAAUGGCUGCACACUACGCUAGUGGAUACGCUCAACCUGCCAUUGCUUGCUGCUUACCUGGAUGCUCUGCAGACACUGAAAGGAAAGAUUCCUGCACUUAUUGACCGCAUGCUCCUAACCUCCACUGUCAGGGCCGGAGGAGCCAGUGCCGAAGCGCUAUCUCUACUGUUGAAGAGGCCGUGGGACCCAGCAGUGGGAGUUUUGUCACAUAACAAGCCUACUAAACUUCCAGGUUCCCCUCUUAUCCUCAUCGCUCCCUCAGGGCCAACCAACGCUAUAUUCCCCACUUCACGGCGACACCGGUUCUGGCAAUCUCAGCUCUCCUGCUUGGCUAAGGUCAUUCCUGUCGGUUCCCAGUUGAUGAACAGUGGUAAUGGAGUCACCUCUUUACAGUGUCUGGAAAACAUGAUUGGUGGACUACGAGGAAAAGUCAUUGAGAUUCACAAUCAUUUCCCUCACAAGCCCGUCAUUCUCAUUGGAUGGAAUACUGGAGCUUUAAUUGCCUGUCAUGUCUCUUUGAUGGAAUAUGUGACAGCCGUGGUGUGUUUGGGAUUUCCACUGCUCACCAUUGAUGGACCCCGAGGUGAUGUUGAUGACCCUCUCCUUGAUAUGAAGACCCCAGUACUUUUUGUGGUUGGCCAGAACUCCCUUCAGUGUCACCCUGAGGCGAUGGAGGACUUUCGAGAGAAGCUCCGCACUGAUAACAGCCUGGUUAUUGUUGGAGGAGCUGAUGAUAACCUUCGUAUAAGCAAAAUAAAGAAGAAAUCAGAGAGUCUGACACAAAGUAUGGUUGACAGGUGCAUUCAGGAUGAGAUUGCUGACUUUCUUACUGGGGUUUUAACUCGAGCUGAGAGUCAUUCUGGCUCUGAUCCUCGCGACCUUGAUGCAGAAAAGAAAAAGAAACCCAGAGAGUUCCUGAGGAGAGAUUUAUCCCUUGAUCUGUCUGACCGGAGCAGCAGUCCGGCGGCACCGGCGGCCCGCUUCCCUGCCUCCCCCUCUGGCUCCGAGGAUCUGUCCAGUAUGUCUAGCAGUCCUGCUUCCAGCCCUAAGACUAAGUUAACUGCAAUCCCUACAACCCAUAAACCAGGACAAACAGCGGUGCCACUAAAGACCCAAAUACAAAGACCAGGAACCACUGUGAUCCCAAAACAAGCCCAAGCCCAGUUUGCUGCUUUCCUGAAACAAAACAUGUUAGUGAGAAAGACGCUUCCUACAGGAUCUCCCUCUUGUGUCUUUGUUCCCGUCUCUUCAGAGUCAGAGGAGAAAGAGGACAGCAGGGGACAGCUGAAGAGGCCCCCAAGCCCAGGAAGUACCCAUGGACUAAAGAAUUCCAAACGUGCCAAAAUCAAAGUGACCAUUGUCUCCCACGGGGAUACUGCAGGAGGAGGGAGCUCCAUCUCACAAGAAGCCUCAAAGUCGUCACCCACAACAGUGAUUGGCCAGUCUACAGUGGGCGCUAAAGAGAUCACCAGCCUGCUUACUGCUCCUAAAAUGGGCUCUGAAAAUGUGUCAUCCAGCUCAUCACCUUCUGCUCUGAUCCCCAGUACUUCUGGUCCUAGCGCGUUUCACUCCAUCCAAAGUCGGCUGGUGUCCAGUAUUGUCCCAGGUAUGCAGAGCCAGCAGGCUGGAACAUUGACAGGCACAAACUCCGGAGCCUCUGCCAGCAGCCUCCUGCAGGGGUUAAGCUUUAGCCUCCAAGAUAUUGGCAGUAAAUCAACUGUCCUCCCUGGCACCACUGCCAACACUGGAUCCACCACUCAGGCGUUGGCAGUUAAAGCUCCCACCCCACUCCAAGGCUUGGCUACGAUAACUACGGGAACUGGCACAAUCCUGCGUACCAUCCCUGUGGUGACUGCUUCUUCCUCCUUUGUGACAUCAGCUGGUGGAAAACCGACAGCUAUCCAUCAAUUACUCACAAAUGGUGGCCUAGCAAAACUGGCUAGUAGUAUACCCGGCUUGGCACAGCUCUCCAAUCCAACGACAGGCUUAAAGGCUCCUACCACUAUCACCGUCACUCUCCGUGGUCAGCCCAGUCGUGUCACCACCCUCAGCCAGGCCACUAUGGGAGCAGGGGUACAGUCCAAACCAGAAGAUGCCUCCCUGCAGGCACAAGACUCUUCUCCCACCACGGUCUCAGCCAGUAAACUUCUCCCCCCUCUUGUGACAGAACAGUGCAAAGUAUCGACAUCCAGCGACAGAACACCUGGUGAGAAAACCUUAUCCAUAGUGCGUGCAGUCACCCCUCCAGCAGUCACUACCAGUCCACCCAAGACGCUGUACGUCAUGUCAGAUGCCAAGCUUUCUGCCCUCACCAAAUCUGUGGGCAGUGACUUAACCGCUUUACCCCUGAAACAAAUGACUUUGCAGAGCUCCGCAGCGGUCACCACUGGAGCAGUGACUUUCACUACCCCUUCAUUGGGCAACACACCAAAUCCUGCCUGCACGGUGGUGCUCUCCAAGAUCGGCCCAGUACUACAGGCUUCCUCAAAAACUGUUAUCUUAGCAAAAACUGAAGCUAGUGACAAAACACCAGGGAACCAUGUGAUAAGUGCUGUGGAGAGCUUGGGCAGAGUACCAUCUGUCAUUGACGAGUGCAGCACCAUCAUUCACAGCCGGGAGUCACUGGUCAACAGGAAGCUUCUACAGCCUGCUCUUAUAGCAUUAUCUGGCUCUAGUAAUGUCGUACAGAGUCCAGGGACAUCGGCCAAUCAGAAACCACAAUGACUCACAUUUCAGUAAGCACACAAUUCUAGGGACAAUUGCCACUUCUAGAAUACCCUCGUGCUUGAUUAAACUUUCGCUAAACAAGAUGAUAAAAGGAAAAAGAUGGCUGGCAGAGGAGCGUCCCUUUAUCUGACACAGAGGAAGUAUUAAAUAAACACUGCCCAAAUGGUGUUCAGGACGGAACUGCGGAAAACUAAACAACGAUUAAAUGUUUGUAAACCAGGAACAAUUCCAUGUUAAGCAAACCAAAGUAGUCUUUACUGUUACAGCAAUCAUUUCAGGGCAUACCCUGUGAGACGUUAUAGAGACGACUCAAAUGUAAAUAAUAUAUAAGUUCUCGUAGUUGGUGAAACAUUUUUCUUACUAUCACUUUUUAGUUUAACCACGUGAGCGUUUUCUUGUUCUGGUUUCACAUAAAAUGAAGAGAGUGUAGUGUGGAUAGCCACUGGUGUUUACACUCUGCUUUCCACAAAGGUGGCGACGAGGUACACAGCUGGACGGUUAUCACAGAAAACAGACUGACCGUUUUCUUGCAGCAGACCUUGCUCCAUAUUUCCAUUUGUGUGAGGACCACAAUCGGCAUGGCGUAAGGAGGUCAAUAAAACUUUAUACGGUGUUAUUUCCGUAGCUUGUAUAGACAUGGAAUCUGCCAUCUUAACAUCCUUGGAAGACUUAAUGGUCUGUGGUGCCACCACAUUACUAAUAAUGUGACAAAAUAGGUACUUGGCUGCGUGACUUUAUAUAUGGCUGGUGAAUAGACUGUACAGUUCUGAGAUGCAUCAGUUGUAGAUGGUUAUAAAGAUGUACAAAAUUCUAGAUUUUCAAACCUGUAUUAAUUUUAAUGUAUAUUUAACACCCAAUGUGUGUCAUUUAAAUAAUGGUCUAUAAACUAUUGCCCACCAGUGUGGCGUUGUAGAGUAGAGUUUGCAGCAUUUGCUUAGAUAACUUUGCUCCCAUGUAGUUACAGAUGGGCAAGAAGGACAACAAAUAAAAUGUUUGCAGUUA